ACCGCACGAGGACCAGAACGGAACAUGCGCGCGGUUGGACUCGUCCUGCGGUAAAAAGGAGAGACUCUCGCAUGGAACUCUGACGUGGAACCGAAUGAUGCAAACGUGUGUUCUGAUCCCUGCGUAAAUUCGAUGAACUCGCGAGUCUCCGAAAGUAACGCAGAAAUCGGCGCGGAGUGUUGACGUAUUUCUCGAGGAGGAAGAAUCCCCGACGCUGCAUCGAGUUUGUGAUGUAACGCAGAAUGUUGCGACGUGAACGGUUCUCGACACGUUAAUUCCUCAAGAUGCAGAAGCCCGAUGCGAGCGGAAAAUAUCAACCGCUUGACUCGUGACGGCUAGAACUCUGAGAACUCCGCUCUUACCUGGUGAAAUUGUCUUUUUUAAGGUAAUUGUUGCCUCUCCAUUCAGACUAUCGUGAAAUUUAUUGAACGAUACGAGAAUUUCGCCUUAUAUAACAGCCCGAAGCAAAAUAUGCAUGAGAUUUGAAGAUUUUUACUCAAUGUAUCUUAUCGGAACGUGAGAGGACUAAAGGAUGUGAUCUCUCGUGUCUUUGAAUGCUGAUAAGAAUACAAAUAAUACCAAAGAGAAGUAUCGCGAAUCGUCGACGACUGAUCCAGAGAUUCUAAACAACUGUUAAAUCACUUCUCGAUACUUUUUCAAUCCGCUGGGACGAAUAUAAACGGCGUGUUUUGUUAUCUAGCGUAAACAGCAGUUGCACACAUUUGCCUACGUAAGAUGAACAAGUGCAUGUAGACAAUCGAUUGGUGACUCGGUCGAGCGGAUCAAUCCGGCAGGAUGCCGAAACCAGUGCCGGUGGAGAACCUGGUGAUACCGCCGCAGGAUGGCCGUAUCUGCGGCACAAUCUGCAUCUGCCAGAUGACGAUGGUGCUGUCGUCGGUCGCUUUAGUUUACCUAACAGUCGCGAUUUACAUGCCGAGCGGACGGGCGUUUCAAUCGGGCAUCAGCGAAGUGCCUGUGAUGUGCACGACGAUACGGGCGGUGAACGCCGACAACUGCGACUGGGGCAGCUGCGGCGAGUGGUGCCUGUCGAAGACCUCCGGGCCGUGCGUGCAGAUCCACGUGAACCUCCGCCGAAACGGAUCGACGAUUCUGUUGGCAAACUGCACGAACACGACGAACAAAACGUGCUACGGCAUCGAUCAGGAGAACGCGAAGAAGUCCAAGUGCAUCGCGGACGAGUGCCGCAAUCUCACAGGUACGUUCAACUGCUCGGCCGGCACCUGCAUCAACAUCACCGACGCGUUCGAGUGCAUGUUCCACGACACGGAUCCACCCCUCAAGUGCUCCGGUCGCCGCGGCAAGAUCACCUGCAUCGACAUAGACGGCCUGUUUAACUGUAACCGCGGCACCUGCGCGCGCAUACGGACUCCUUACAACUGCGACCGCAGGUGCGUCGACAUCCCGACCAGGAACAAGAACAUGAUCCUCCUCAGCGGCGACAAGGUGUACCUGAGCCAGUGCGAGCGGGCGAUAGACGUGGAGACGAAUCGGGAGAUCUGGCACGAGGAUCGGGGCGACGUCAUGAUGGCGUCCUGCUACGGGAUCUUCAACUCCACGCUGGGCGUGGAGGCGGUCGACUGCAUCAACGGCUCCGUGCUGGAGAAGGAGCUGCUGACCGAUCUGACGAACUUCACGUACCUGUCCUACCUGAACAUAUUCGCCACAAAGCCGUUGGACACCGAGAGCUUGGUCGCGCCGCCGGAGCAGAGCUUGAUUAUCGCCAACGAAAGCCGGCUCAUGAUCAAUCUCGAGGGAUGCGUGAACACGCUUCGCGACGAGUGCAAAGAGUUCUUGCACGAGUACGGGAAGGACGGGUCCGAUCAUAACGCGCGCGCUAGAUUCCCGUGCUUCUACGCCGAGGAUAAGACGGACAUUGUCGUGUCGCGCUUCGAUCUCGAAACCACCUACAAAGAGUUCUUGAUCUCGCUGAUCCUGCCGAGUGUCCUGUUUGUCGUCAGCUGUUUGACUCUGAUCUUCUGUCAGAAGACAGUCGUCGUCGGGGACGACGCUAAAAUGAGGUUCAAGGGCAAGCCCGGCACGCUGGUCUCGAUAGAGAGGAGCGCGUCGGGCAACUUGGGGGAUGCUGGCGGAGGAGACUCCGUCAUGGCGCUCUGAGAUCCGUCACGCAUUCCCCUCCUGGAGGAGAGUCCGGCUCGCCAGUCGAUAUUCUCCCUGCGUGGGCAUUACUGAGGUGUGGGGAGGGGGGGAA